UGGAGGCCAAGGCCUCGGUAGAAGAGGCGGCGGCGGAGGCCACCCUGGGGGAGGCUACGGCCGCCCUGGUUGGGGAGGAGGUGGAGGCCGCGCUGGCGUCCGCGGCGGGGGCAGAGGCCAACGCUGCCAAAUCCGCCGCCGCUGCGGAGGCUGCGGUGCCCCCCUUGGGGGAGGCGGAUGCGGCUGUAGCUGCAGCUGUGGAUGCGGUUGCGGAUGCGGGUGCGGGUGCUGCUGCUGGUGCCGCUGCUGCGGGGGCGGCGUCGGUGGAGGCGGCAACCGCCGCAGCAGCCACCGCGGGUACUGAUGCGGAUGCGGAGACUGGCGGGGGCGCCGAGGGGAACCCGGACUUCCCCAUGGCCUCGCUCUACGUGGGCGACCUGCACCCCGAGGUGACUGAGACAAUGCUGUACGAGAAGUUCAGCCCCGCGGGGCCCAUCCUCUCCAUCCGUAUUUGCAGGGACAAGAUCACCCGCCGCUCGCUGGGUUACGCCUAUGUCAACUUCCAGCAACCGGUGGACGCCAAGCGGGCCCUGGAAACCCUGAACUUUGAUGUCAUCAAGGGCAGGCCGGUGCGCAUCAUGUGGUCCCAGCGGGACCCCUCGCUUCGCAAGAGUGGCGUGGGCAACGUCUUCAUCAAGAACCUGGGCAAGACCAUCGACAAUAAGGCGCUAUACAACAUCUUCUCGGCUUUUGGCAACAUCCUCUCCUGCAAAGUGGCCUGCGACGAAAAGGGUCCCAAGGGCUACGGGUUCGUGCACUUCCAGAAGCAAGAGUCCGCCGAGCGGGCCAUCGACGCGAUGAAUGGCAUAUUCCUGAACUACCGCAAAAUUUUCGUCGGGAGAUUCAAAUCGCACAAAGAACGGGAGGCCGAAAGGGGAGCCUGGGCCAGGCAGUCCACCAGUGCUGACGUCAAGGCUUUCGAGGAAGACACUGAGGAGGAGGCCACUGUGCGAUGAAGACACACCAGGAGAGAAAAAGCCAGCAGAGCCAAACCUUGGCUCUCACCGGGUUUACAGUCCCUGGCCCAUCCCCACCCCUACCAGCAUUGUAUUGUAACUGGAGUGCAGGUUUCUCCUCUCUCUCUACCCCCUUCUCUCUUCCCAUUUCCCCACUUACUUGCCUCUCCCCUCCCCAGGCUCCCUCCUUUUCCACCCCAACUCCCCUUCUCUUCCACCCCAACUCCCCUUCUCUUCCACCCCAACUCCCCUUCUCUUCCACCCCAACUCACCUUCUCUCUAGUCCCCUUCUGUACCCACUCAGUCUCCUUCUACCCCCCUCCCCCAACAAGGGCAUUGUAAAUAAUCUUGCUAAUCUGUGCCAUUUGAUAGGUUACACCUGCCUAUUCUCCUCGUGAUUUGGUUUAAAAAGCAUUUUCUUUCUCUUUUUAUUACUGCAAGGUGAUACAAUUACAAGGUAGAAACAUCAGGAAGGAGAUGAAAUCAGAUGAGGAAAAACCAAGAAAAUAAUUACUCCCCAUGAUCCUACUAUCCAGAAGCAACCAUUUUUAUAUUUUUGGUGUGCUGUUUUUCCAGGCUCUCUUCUCUCACUCUCUCUCCCUCCCUCACCCCAACCCAUCUUCCCUCUUAACACACUGUUACAGAAUGGUUGGUGUAUGUGGUGUUUCUUAAUCUUCUUUUUCAGAAGCUAAAACCGAACAAAAAUCAACCCAUUGAACGUCUUUCCAUGUUGUUCAACAGGCUUCCAAAUGUCAUGUUCAGUGCCUGCAGAGUGCUCCAGUGUCUCUAUGGACCUUAACAUUUCUGUAAUCAUUCCCGCAUUGUUGGACAUUCAAGUAGGGCCUAGCUGUGUUUAAAACCAAUACUGCAUACUGAUGAGUGAAUCCAUCCUUGUCAAGCCAAAUCUUCUGGAGCAUCCCAGACGGUUUCCUUAAGUGUGGACUUGCAGGACCAGUACAUAUGGACAUUAUUAAGACUUUUACUGUUGUGUUGACAAAUGGCCCCUUCCACAAGCAUUGUACCGAUUUGUAUUCGUGGCAGCCAGCACAGCUAGUAAAAAGAAUAUGCCCAUUUCCCCUGCUUAGUCUCCUGGUUACUAUAAUUGAUGUGUGUGUGUGUGUGUGUGUGUGCGCGUGCAUGCAAGUGUUUCUCAUGGCCAUCUUAAUAUGCUACAAAUGAUAUUUCAUUGUCUUUGGUUGUUUUGCUGGAUGUAAACACUAUUUAUCUCCCCUUCUCCUCUUCCCACUCCCACCCUUCUCACUGUUGUCAGAAAAAUAAUUCAGCUUCAUUGCAGGAAAAAUCACAAUGCAGACAAGCUAAUAGAAGAAAAUUAAUAUCUCCAGUAACCAAUCCUAAUGACCACCCAUACCUUCCUGAUACAUUUUCAUCUGUACCUAGUCAAUAUUUUUCAUAUGAUAUAUAUUAUAUAUAUGUGAAUUUUUAUGUACAUGGUAUUUCAGUAUCUGCUUUUUCAUACAGAAAUAUAUAGAUAGAUAUAGAUGUAUAGAUAUAUAUACUUGAACUUCCUUUCAUUUCAUUAAAUAUUCUUCUAAAAUAGUUUCCAUGGAUGUUUAGUGCUCCAGUGUAUGGAUAUAUAGAGGGAUAGAUAAAUAUAUGUAUAUAUAUGGUCAUAUCUAUAUCCAUAUUCAGAUAUAGAUGUAAGUGUAUUUGCUUUGUUUUAAAUAUUUCUUCAUUGUUGAACAUCUAGUUUAUUUCUGUGUUUUUUCCUAUCUAGACCAAAGCUGACAAGAACAUUAUAUUGCACAAAACUUGCUGACAUUCAAGAUUAUUUCCUGAAAAAACAUUGCUAGAAGAAGAAACAAAAGAUCAAAGCAUUUGGGCAGUUUGAAAUCUUAGUAAAAUUGCUUGCAUUAUUAAAUUACCAUCCAUAAAGAUAGUACCAGUUUACCCUCAUAAGGUAUUCAAGUAUUGUGAGAAGACCUGUAUACUUGGAUAAUUUUCAGGAUUUGUAUUAUAAUAAUUUCUGCACUCUCCCAAUUCUUAAUCUGGGUACCAGGAGCUUUUUGGUUUUUAUUUAUUUUAGACAUUUUUAUACAAUAAUACAUUAUCAUACCAGAAAACAUUUUAAAAUUGGUACAGUCAAAAUUAUUACUAAUUCCAUCACUUGACAAGAAACACUUUGAAUAAGUAAACAUGUACAUAAAUAAAUACCUUCAAAAUGUAAUAUAUUAUG